AUGAGCAGAGUAAUUUCUCCGAAACUUGAAUUCGGUGCUAAUACUAAAAUCUAUCUAUCUAUCUAUCUAUCUAUCUAUCUAUCUAUCUAUCUAUCUAUCUAUCUAUCUAUUUCAAUCCUGUUUAUAUCUAUCUAUCUAUCUAUCUAUCUAUCUAUCUAUCUAUCUAUCUAUCUAUCUAUCUAUCUAUCCAAUUCUGCUCAUAUCUAUCUAUCUAUCUAUCUAUCUAUCUAUCUAUCUACUUCAGUCUGUUUAUAUCUAUCUAUCUAUAUAUCUAUCUAUCUCAGUCUGUUUAUAACUAUCUAUCUAUUUCAGUCUGUUUAUAACUAUAUAUCUAUCUAUCUAUCUAUUUCAGUCUGUUUAUAUCUAUCUAUCUAUCUCAGUUUGUUUCUAUCUAUUUAUCUCAGUCUGCACAUUUCUAUCUAUCUAUCUAUCUAUCUAUAUAUCACUGCUAACUUUUCAAAUAGUUUUCAAAUACCUUGA